UCUAGGGCUAUCGAUCCAAUUUUCGCCGUUGGGGUUGGAAUCACUGCAGCAGCGGUACGAAUCAAUCGCGACGAGAAGGCCAAAGAUCAGACAACGGAACAGACAAUUGCGAGCUUAAAGAGAAGGGUCGGGCUGCUCUUCGCUAGCGAACCG